AUGAGUACAUCCAUGAUGCCUAUGAAUACCUCUGAAGAGGACAUGUCAUCUCAACAAAGAAGAGAUUGUAUUCUCUCGUCCGAUCACGCCACUGAUGAAUCAUUGAUUGAAUCGAAAAUUCCUGCCAAGAGUAUUUAUGCUUUUGGUGCCGAUAAGAUCCUUCAUUCGGCACGUAUUAGCCUUUUAGAUUCCGAACGUUUAUCUAAUUUGAGAUAUUUAAUUAUCACAAACGAAGCUCUUUACAUUUUCGAUGAUCAAGACUUUGAGAGAAGAAUUCCUAACGAACAAAUUAUUGAAAUUGUUAAAUAUCAAGACACAACAGGAUCACCAAACAUUUCAAAAAGUCCAUCCAAUGAGCAAAACAAAUCACAUCGUUUAUUGUUUCGAGUGAAAGAUGAUUCCGAUUUGUUAAUUAUUUGCAAAGGUGCUAACGGAGUGUUGGAAACAUUACAAAAACAAGCAAAAGAUUUCAAUGCAUAUCGCUUCUCACAAGUUGAUCCUGCCGAAGAUUUAUUUUCAAAGGCAACAUUUAUUGAAAAUCAAUCAACUCAUACAAAGUCUUCAUCAUCACUGAAACAAUUGUUGGAAAAUGCUUUAAACGCAUCCGAGCUGAAAAAGGUCAUGCUGAAUUUGGAAUAUUUGAGAAGACAAUGCAAUCAAAAUGAAUGGGAAUCAGAUCCUCUAAUUUUGAAAGCCAUUGAGUUUGUGAAAAGCCAUUAA